GUUGAGCCCUUUAUGAGUGAGUUUUGGUUGAAGAAGACAUGGCACUAUAAAGAAAUAGAAGAAACUGAAGAAACAGACAUCUUUUGCAGAUUCAUAAAAUCAACACUUCAUUUUCUGCAGUUGGAAGCAAAGAAGAAGCACGAGUUUGCUUUUUGUUUCUUCACAUUUUAAAAUUGUUAUGAAAGUCGUGAAUAAUAAGGUUGAUGUUGCAGUCUCUUUUGAAGCAAUGGUGAUUCCAAUAGCAGUGGCACUGGUGGUGAUUCUCAUUGGGUUGGUUUAUCAGGCCAUAAAACCCCCAGUUCCUAAAAUCUGUGGAUCCAUUGGUGGUCCUCAAGUUACUUCACCCAGAGUGAAGCUCGGUGAUGGGAGGAAUUUGGCCUACCGAGAAUUUGGUGUUCCUAAGGAAGAAGCUAGGUACAAGAUCAUUGUCAUUCAUGGAUAUAACAGUUUCAAAGACACAACUUUACCAGUUUCUCAAGAACUUAUUGAGGAGCUUGGGAUAUAUUUCCUCCACUUCGACAGGGCUGGUUAUGGUGAAAGUGACCCACAUUCAUCACGUUCUGUGAAGAGUGAAGCUUAUGAUAUUCAAGAACUGGCUGAUAAACUGGAGAUUGGUGAUAAGUUUUAUAUAAUAGGAAUGUCAAUGGGAGGUUACCCUGUUUGGAGCUGCCUAAAAUACAUUCCACACAGAUUAUUAGGAGCAGCUUUGGUGGCUCCAUUUAUAAGCUAUUGGUGGCCUUCUUUUCCUGAUCAUCUUUUGAGAGAGGCAUUUCAGAUGCUACCUCGGUCAGACCAAUGGACUUUUCGAGUCGCACAUUACGCCCCUUGGUUGUUCCACUGGUGGAUGACACAAAAAUGGUUUCCUUCAUUGACCUUAACAAACAUGUUGUCUCCUGAUGAUAUAGAAAUAGUGAGGACCUUGUCAGAACUCCCAAACACUGGUCAGGAGAAGAUAACUCAGCAAGGUGAAUAUGAAUCAUUACACCGAGACAUAAUGAGUGCUUUUGGAAAGUGGGAAUUUGGCCCCACAGAGAUAGAAAAUCCUUUCUUUGAUGAUAAUGGUUCAGUCCACAUAUGGCAAGGCUUUGAAGAUAGGAUCAUUCCCUACACACUGAACCGUUACAUCUCUCAAAAAUUACCAUGGAUUCUUUAUCACGAGCUUCCUCAUGCGGGACAUUUGUUUCUCUUCAAGAAAAAUGAAUGUGAGUCUAUUAUAAGAGCACUUGUACUCUCACCAGAUCUUUCUGAAUAAGAUGCAAGCUGUGGAGUAAACCCUGAAUCUAUUAUGUAGACCACAGUCUAGUCCAUACAAGUAAAUUUUAUGAGCAGACGAAGGAAUAUUUGAGUUUGUUAUCCAACAAACAUGCCAGUUUACCAAUUGUCGAGCAUGUUGUGGGCAUUGGAUUUAAGCAGUGUGAUUGGUUGGAACCAAGUUUCAAAUUAAACAUUAAACUUUUAUAUU